UAACAAACUCUAUAUAGUAAACAUUCACACGAAACAGAGCAAAAAUUUUGUGUUCGCUAGCAAAACCACGGCCUUAUUUACCGAUCUGGCACUUAAAUCAGUCGUGCUUUUCUACCCGGUCGCAUUUUACAGCUGAUUGUUAAUUGUUUGGACGCACACUUUUGUUUUAUAUACAUACAUACAUAGAUCUUUCAGACAUGGAUAUGCGUGAAGAUGCAUUACGCGAGGCACUGGCUAAAAAUGCUGAAGAAACGGCGCGAUGGAAAAAUUAUAAAGAAGAAAAUAUCACAGCAAUCGAAAAUCUUGACAAAUUCAGUAAAUAUCUCACAGUAGAUGUAAUGGUUCCCCUAGGACAAAAAGCAUAUAUGCCAGGCCAACUUGUUCAUACGAAUGAGACACUUAUAGGACAUUAUCAAGGCUUCUUCUCAAAAGGCUCGGCACAUAAAGCUAAAGAAAUAUGCCAACACCGUGUUAAAAUGGCAGCGGAGCACUUAGACACUUUGAAAGCAGAAGCAGAUUUAUGGCAAAAUAAGUUGGAGAAACCAUAUGUGACAGGUGUAUUUCCAAGCACGGGUGAAAAUGAACUAAUAGAAGAUUAUGACGAGGAAAAAGAAAAGGUGUGGCGGGAAAAUCAUAAACUUCGUGUGAAAGAAGCUAAGGACCGAGAGAAAGCAGAUAGAGAACAAAUUGCAGCGAAAGAUGCAGAAGUGGCUAAAAACGCAGAUCUUACCGACAAUGAACUAUUUAAAAUGCUAGAAGAAGCUGAACUUAUGGAAGAAUUAAAAAACGAAUUGGAAAGCUUGGAAAUUGAUGAUGUCAGCUAUGAAACAAUAAGGAAGUUAAUGGCCGGUGAUAUGGAAUUGCCACCAGAAAAACUCCGUGCAUCCCAUACUUCUCAAAUAGACCAAAAAAACAGUAAAGACGAAUUAAUCCAAAUUUUGGAUAAAUCCAAUAACAAUGAGAUAUUAGAACUUCAAGGAAUUGUAAAGAAGACUGAUUUAGAAGUGAGCUCAAUUCGUACGAAUAACAACCACCGACCAAAUAUGGAGUUGGUUCAAUCAAACUGCAAUCACAGUUGCGAAUCAGAGGGGGAUGUAGAGGAACUACCACAGGAGGUAAAAAUUAUUAAGGAGCAAGCUAAAUUUUUACCAGUGUCCGAUCAGAUUGGUUUUUAUGAAUAUCAAAUAACAAUUAUGCGAGAAAAACUUUUAGUAUUGCCUCUUAAAACACAAGAUGACAUCGACCAGAAAGUGCAUAUAUUAAAUGUUUUAGAAUCAUUAGAGGAAUUGCUGGAAAUAGCCGAGGAUUCUGCUGAGGGAGAAAAAGAAAUUCCAGCCGACAUCAACGUUAUACAAGAAGAAGUUAAAGAACAGGAAAUAAAAACAGAUGAUCUUCAUCAAGAAGGGAAACAGCGAAAAAGGCGUAUUUCUUUCGCCCUACAAAACGAGACCCUAGAGUUUCGUAGAAAUGAAACCGUUUCGGAAAUGUUGCCAAAACCUCAGCGAGAUAUUGUAAAACUCGAUGAACAUGCUGCGGAUCUGAGCACCUAUGCAGCCGCAACGCCUGUUAAGGUUAUAGAUCGUAAACAAGCUAUUAUUGAUAGAGUAGAACAGAAUUUAAGAUUUAUGGAAGAGAAUCAAAGCACUAAAGAUUUCAAAUUAGUUGAUAAAAUAUUGGAGUCAUCUAUUAGUGGAUGUCAAACAUUAUAUAUACAUUUCCAACAUUCAACCAAACCUGGUAUAGAAACUACAGGAAAAAGUGAAAAUUUGGAAUGUGGCAAUAUCCCUGGGUCACCGGCUGACUUGUACCAAGCGUAUUUGCAAAAUCGAAAUCAAAACGCAACUGAAAACAAAUCAAAUUCAGAGCAGGUAAUUUUCACAAACGCUUAUAACGGAGAAGAAAAUGUAAAAGUACCGCUGCUGAAAGAAACUGAUCGAGCGACGGCAUAUGAAGAUCAACGCAAGCAGUUCUGUAAGCCAUCUGUCGAAAUUAAAUCUAUUCUGCGCAAUAAAUCUGCGGUCGUAAAAGAGAAACACAAACUGGAUCGUAAGAAUAGAGCGUUAAACAGUAAAAAAGUGCCAAACAAGAAAAAGGAAGAACCAGAAGGCAGAAUGGACUACAGGAGUGCUUAUUAUAAGAUAAUGAAUGAGGUUGUCGAAAAGCCUAUAACCGAAGCGGAACCUCUACCUGAAUGUAAAUAUAUCGAUGCACACGCACCAAAAAGACGCUUAAGUCGUUUCAAACAAAGUCGCGCAGUAGCAGAAAAUGCUUAAAACCACAUUUUAAAUAAAUAAGUGUAAUUUGUAUAAACUAAUCUAAAGCUUAGUUUUAUAAUAUU